CUGUCCCGCAUUUUAGCUUCUCCUCCCCCCCUCAUAAUCGUCGCCGGCAUGGCCUCCUCAGCCCACAAGCAGCACCUCCACUUCCCAGACGUGCACGGCGCCACCUCGGCGCCGCCGCCGACCCCAUCGACUCUCCCCCCUGCCCCCAGGACAGACUCCGACUCCGCCGCCGCCACGGACUUCCUCUCGCGGCUCAUCCACCGCCUCCCGCCGGCUCUCUCCCUCCCCACUCGCCUCUCUCCAACCACAACCAACAGCAACCCCAGCUCCUCCGCCUCCUCCGCCGCCGCCCCUGCCGCCAUCUCGAACGUGUCCUACUCGGAUGAAAAGAACGUUUCCUUUUUCGAGAGCCUCUCAUCGGCUUCGUCUGUAGGGUUUUUCCAGGUGACCGGUCAUCCGAUAUCUCCGGAGCUCGCUCGCUCGGCCGAGUCGGAGUCGCUUGCUCUCUUCGACCUCCCCCUUGACCGGAAAGAGCUGCACUUCCCGAAGAACUGGCCUUUCGGGUACGAACGUGACGAAGACGACGACAGACAUGGUGAGUGGUUUGUUUUGGAUUCGCUGUGCUCUUGCUCUUCCGAGUCGACCGAGUUGAAGCUAGGAUCGCUGCGUGAGCUCGCUCUGACGAUGGAGAAAGUGGGCUGUGAGAUGAUAGAAUGGAUGUCGCGCGCGAUCGGGUUCGAGAACCCGGUCAAGGAGGAUCCGACCCGUGUCUGUUCGCUGAUGUGGAUAUCCAAGGGUUGUUCCGACGAGGAUCACGAGAAAGCGGUCGUGCCGGGCGCGGGCGGGUUUUACCCGUUUGUAGUCGGGUUGAGCUACCAGAUUCGGACCCAGAAGUAUGCUCUGUUGGCGGAUUCGGGCACGGUUAUGGUAUCGCCGGAGGUCGGCUCCUUGAUCGUUUCGAUCGGUGACAUUGCUCAGGUGUGGAGCAAUGGGAAGCUGAAGAAGGUGAGAGGGAGGCCGGUGGCAUGCGGCGAGGGCAAUGGCAGCAAGUCGGCAAGCGCCAUAACCGUGUCGCUGCUCAUCAGCCUUCCUCUAGAAAGCACGGUCUCUCCCCUUCUUCGGCCGGAGAAUAUCGUGCUCCAUGGCCAAGACGAUGAUCAUGAUCAAGAAGCAGAAGCGGAAGAAGAAGGAAUCGGCAAUUCGAGCGACGGAGAAAAGAGAAGAGAUCGAGAGAAGGUAAAGUUCAGAUCUUUCUCGUUCGAGGACUAUGCGUGGAGGGCGUAUCACGAGCGCCUAGUCCUUUCCUCCCCCAAAGACCCGCUCGACAGAUACCGCAUUACCAACGCUUGAGAUCGUAUCUCUUGAUUCAUGCUCUUCAUUUUUAUUUUUAUUUUGAUAUUAUUCCUUCUUUUCUUUUCUUUUUUUCUCGGGUUGGUUUGUUUGUUUGCCCCCUCGAAAACCCUUUUAAUUCGCAACUCGCAAUUCCCUAAAUUAUCCAUUGAAAAUGAUGAAAAAUAGAAUAAACGCCCAUUUCCUGUGUUGAAAUCACUA